AGAGCCUGUAGCCAGUCAGCUCCUUGCUCCUCUUGCUGAAGGAGAAGGAUUGGUUUUGCCCAAGUUCAUCCACAGCUGCCGGUCCCUGGUGCUGUUGCAGCUGUGCUAGCCGGCAGCCACCUCUCACCGGCCUUGGCUUUGAAUCUCUGCUGCCCAUGAAAUUUUCCUGGGCUCCUUAGAAAGACCCCGGCUUCCCAUUAACACAACCUGUUGACCCUCUUAUCAACGUUGCCUGUACCCACCAUCCCCAGACUGGGUCCAUAUCUGCAUAACGAAAGAAGGGCUUUUGGUCUUCCUGGGGGCUGCUCACCUUUAAUAAAAAUGACAAUUGUAGCUGCCGUAUAUGGACCCUACCUGUGCCUGGGCUUACACCCUCGGUCUCUCAGCCUCAACUCUGCCACGCAUGGGAUGAUCCUAUUUCCAUUUCACAGGUGAGGCUCAGAGAGGUGAAGGGACUCAGUCCAGGUCACACAGCUGAUAACUGGCAGGCGUGUCUGGCCUCCAGCUUUCUCCACUGUACCACCCUGCCUGCUAGGUGUCUCUGUUCGCUUUUCUCAUCCCAGUGGAUUCUAAUGUGCAGCCAAGUUAGAGAACUGUUCUUACAAAAGCAGUUAUGGAAUUGCCUUCUGCAGUUGUGGUAACGUUCUCCUUUUUUUUCCCUAUUUUUUGGCUGCGCUGUGCAGCAUGCAGGAUCUUAGUUCCCCAACCAAGGAUUGAACCCAUGCGCCCUGCAGUGGAAGUGCAGAGUCUUAACCACUGGACCACCAGGAAAGUCCCUCUGCUUCUUGAUCUGGGUGCUGAGUAUGUGGGUGUAUUCAUUUUUUGUGAAAAUCAUUGAGCUGUACACUUAUGAUUUGUGUACUUUUCUAUGUGCGUGUUAUUUUAUAGUAAACAUUUUUUAAAUUAUUUUUUUAAGUAAAGAAAAAAGCAGUUGUCCUGAGCCGUGUCUCCACUUCCUGGGAAAAGGCAGUCUAUGGCCCUGGACUUGUCAUCUUGAGGAUGCUUUUCACAUCAUCAGGCAGCUGUUGGCCUUUGAGUCUGUGCCUGUCCUUGACAAUGAGCAGACACGUCUUCCAGGGCUGAUGCUAUGCUCGGCUGUAAAAGGUCCACUGUUGCUGCAGUAGCAGGGUGGAGUACAGCCUGCCGCUCCAGUUGCUUUCCUGGAGUGAGCCCUGCUGCUUCCCUCUUCCCUCUCAUCUUCUUACCCGUGGCUCCUGCCCUGUGCCUGACAGGCUGGCCGUUCUCUGGACAUCUGCAGCAGGACCGAUGCCUGCAGUACCUUCCCUACCUACCUGCAGUGGGCAGGUCCACGAGCAGCCAGUUCCGGACAGAUUCCCCAGGAGAAGGCCAGCAGGCGUCUGUGAAACCCUAGGACCCGCAGGCCCUGUUCGCCCUCUGCUGUGCCUCCUCCCCUCCGAGGAUGAUGAACCCGCAGCUCAUCUCCUUGGUCAGCUGCCUCCUUGCUGUGCAUCAAGCCAGCCUCAUCAACCGCUGUGACUUGGCCAAGGUGCUGCACCAGGAGGACUUGGAUGGGUUUGAGGGCUACUCCCUGAGUGACUGGGUGUGCCUGGCUUUCGUGGAAAGUGCCUUCAACAUAACAAGGGUAAAUGAAAAUACAGAUGGCAGCUUUGACUAUGGCAUCUUCCAGAUCAACAGCCACUACUGGUGCAAUGAUUACCAGAGUCAUAUGGAAAACAUUUGCCAAGUGGACUGUCAAGGUCUGGCCAGGGCCCCAGGGUGGGAGAGAACUGCUGAGCCCCAGUCUUCUCGCAGUCAUCAACUAUGCGAAAAAGAUUGUGUCCGGAGCAGGGGGGAUGAAGAACUGGGUAAACUGGAGGUUGCACUGUGCGGGCCGGCCACUCUCCUACUGGAUGACAGGAUGCCACCUGGCAUGAGACACGGAGCAGGCCUGUGGCCUAGGCCCCUGGUUCCUGACGGUCAUUUGCAAACCAGGAAGACCAUGGUGAAAGAAGAUUCCAUAUUUUGGGAAUUAUUAAAGGAUUCCUUGUACAAAGAAUGUGUGAACUGA